AUGGGCAUGAGUGAUUUUAUCUUAUUUUAGGUACCGCCUGUGGUAAAUUACACAGAUGCUCAAGUUUGGCCAUCAUUCGAUGCAGGAGAUUCUGAUAUCUUAACAUAAUAAUGAUACAUUUUUUAUUAGUACAAUAUUAUCAAAUCAUCAAUUUCUUCAU